AUGAUGUCUAAAGAAAAGAAAGAACGACCUAUAAGUAUGAUAAAUGAAGUUUCUAACUAUUACAUGACUUCAGAUUAUGGAGUACAUCCAAAGAGCCCUAUAGGCAGAAAAUCACUGGACAAUACUAGUAUGAAGCUGUGGAAAAAACACUGUUUUGUGCUUUCUGAUCUUUGCCUGUUGUGUUACAGAAAUGAGAAACAGGAGAAUAUCCUAGGAAGCAUACUAUUACCUAGUUUUCAGAUGGCUAUGCUAACUUCAGAGGAUAACAUUAAUUGCAAAUAUGCUUUUAGGGCAGCCCAUCCAAAUAUGCAGACAUAUUAUUUCUGCACUGAUACAGGAAAGAAAAUAGAGUUGUAGAUGAAAGCCAUGUUAGAUGCUGCCCUUGUACAGAGACCUGUGAAAAGAGUGGAUAAGAUUACAUCCAAAAGUAUACCAAAUAAAGAAAGCAAUAAAAUUCCCAAACAUAGAGUGUUAAUUAAACCAGAGGCACAACAAAAAAACAAAAACAAGGAAAUAAGCAAGAUUGAAGAAAAAAAGACAUUAGAAGUUGAAAAAUAUAAAUUUCAGAAAGAUGGUCAAAAUAGACCUUUAACAAAAAUUAAUAGUGUAAAGUUGAAUUCUUUGUCACCUGAAUAUGAAAGUGGGUCAGCAUGCCCAGCUCAGACUGCAUACUACAGACAAGUCAAUGUGAAUAGUUCAGAGAACAAAACAGUCAAUGUCAGCGUGGCAGAUCUUAGAGGUGGAAAUCACCCAAAUAUAGGGCCUUUGCAUGCAGAGGCUGAUCUAGUCAUACAAAGAACAAAUUCAAUGCAACUGUUGAAACAGUGGAUUAAAAUCCAGAAAGGGAGGGGACAUGAAGAAGAAAACAGAGGAGUAAUUUCUUACCAAACAUUACCAAGAAAUAUGUCAAGCCACAGAGCUCAGAUCAUGGCCCUCUACCUUGAAGGUUAUAGAACACUCCCAAGAAACAGCAAGAGGAGGCCUCAAAGUAUCUGCAGUGUAUCCCCUUCCAGUCAUGGCAAGACAGUAGGAGCUGGAACAGAAGAAAAAUGGAGGUUAAUGAGAGAUGACACUAUGUGGCAGCUCUACAAAUGGCAGCCACAGUUCUAUAAUAAGCAAAGCACCCUCCCUCAACCCAGUUCUGUGAAUAUUCCUAAAACUAUGGUUAAUAUUUCUGAUGCACUCUAUUCCCACAUCACCUUCAUUGCUUACCAGUGUUCCUCCCCUCAGCGAACAUACAGAUCAGAAGUGUCUUCACCAAUUCAGAGAAGAGAUAUGACAGCAGACCUUAGACACAGGGGUAAUUACCCUAAGAUUCAGAUCACAAUGACUGACUCACUAAAGCCAUAA